GCAUUUGGAGACGGCUCCUUAUUUCUCUUCCGUUGCUCAAGCUACUACAAACUCUUCUUCUGGAAAUUCUUCAACCAUUGGUCCUGGGACCCACAAGAUGUCUGCCCAAGCUACUCACCCCACACUUUUGAUUCCGGGACCGAUUGAAUUUGAUGAUGCAGUCCUGGUAUCUAUGGCCCACCCGAGUGAGAGCCAUGUCGGACCUGCCUUUGUCAAUGCUUUUGGAGAAACUUUGUCAAUGUUGAGGAAGCUUUUCAUUACUACAAAUCCGAAGUCGCAGCCAUUUAUCAUUUCUGGCUCGGGGACCUUGGGUUGGGACUUCGUAGCUGCGAACUUGGUAGAAAAGUGUGAUGAGGUUUUGGUUUUGCAUUCUGGCUACUUCGCCGACUCGUUCGCUACGUGCCUCAGUGUAUACGGAGCUGUUCCCACACAAUUGAAUGCUCCUAUCGGUUCCCGCCCAUCUCUCGACGAGAUUGAAGCAGAAUUGAGGCGGAGAUCUUACAAGGCUAUCACAAUCACCCACACCGAUACUUCUACCGGUGUUCUCUCAGAUAUCAAGGCUGUCUCCGAAUUGGUGCACAAAGUAUCUCCGGACACUCUGGUUGUGGUUGAUGGUGUUUGCUCUGUUGGCUGCGAGGAGAUCCGCUUUGACGAUUGGGGAAUCGAUGUCGUUCUCACGGCAUCUCAGAAGGCCAUUGGGGUGCCUGCAGGAUUAUGUAUACUGAUGGUGAGCGGAAGGGGGAUCGAUAGGUUCAAGGCCCGCAAGACUCCACCGUCGGCAUACUUUGCAUCAUUUGCGAAUUGGCUCCCAAUUAUGCAAAAUUAUGAAGCAAGGAAACCCUCGUACUUUGCCACCCCCUCACCGCAAUUGGUUCGCGCUCUACACACUUCGCUCAACCAAAUUCUCUCUGCACCCCUAGACUGUCGAUUCCAGAAGCAUAGGGAGGUUAGUCAGAAGGUCAAGAAAGCUGUUGCGGAGCUAGGUUUAAGGCAGUUGGCAGACAAGCCUGAAUGCCAGGCAAAUGGAAUGACUGCUAUCUACCUUCCAGAAGGUGUUGCUGCUUCAGAUCUUCUCCCAAAGCUCAUGGCCAAAGGUGUCGUGUUCGCUGGUGGAUUGCAUAAAGAAAUUGCUACCAAAUACUUUAGACUUGGGCAUAUGGGCGUUAGUGUUACGAACGAUGACUUAGGGCACAUUGAUAAGGCAAUUGAGGCCCUCAAGAGCAGUUUGGCGGAGGUCGGUUAUAAACUAUAGGGUGGGGGCUUCCUCUUGGGUACAUAGUAAUGUAUUAUUUUAUGACAAGUACUUGCCCGUGUGUUACCACACUGGUUUAUAGA